UCCUCCCUCUGCCUUCCUUCCCCACGGCCGGCCGCCUCCUCGCCCGCCCGCCCGUAGCCCCGGAGCCGAGGCCGCCGCGGCCGUGGCGGCGGAACCCUCAGCCAUGGCCUCGGGCGACACCCUCUACAUCGCCACGGACGGCUCGGAGAUGCCGGCCGAGAUCGUGGAGCUGCACGAGAUCGAGGUGGAGACCAUCCCGGUGGAGACCAUCGAGACCACGGUGGUGGGCGAGGAGGAGGAGGAGGACGACGACGACGAGGACGGCGGCGGCGGCGACCACGGCGGCGGGGGCGGCCACGGGCACGCGGGCCACCACCACCACCACCACCACCACCACCCGCCCAUGAUCGCGCUGCAGCCGCUCGUCACCGACGACCCGACCCAGGUGCACCACCACCAGGAGGUGAUCCUGGUGCAGACGCGCGAGGAGGUGGUGGGCGGCGACGACUCGGACGGGCUGCGCGCCGAGGACGGCUUCGAGGACCAGAUCCUCAUCCCGGUGCCCGCGCCGGCCGGCGGCGACGACGACUACAUCGAGCAGACGCUGGUCACCGUGGCGGCGGCCGGCAAGAGCGGCGGCGGCGGCUCGUCGUCGUCGGGCGGCGGCCGCGUCAAGAAGGGCGGCGGCAAGAAGAGCGGCAAGAAGGGCUACCUCGGCGGCGGGGCCGGGGCGGCGGGCGGCGCGGACGCGGGCAACAAGAAGUGGGAGCAGAAGCAGGUGCAGAUCAAGACCCUGGAGGGCGAGUUCUCGGUCACCAUGUGGUCCUCAGAUGAAAAAAAAGAUAUUGACCAUGAGACAGUGGUUGAAGAGCAGAUCAUUGGAGAGAACUCCCCUCCUGAUUAUUCAGAGUAUAUGACAGGGAAGAAGCUUCCUCCUGGAGGGAUACCUGGCAUUGACCUCUCAGACCCCAAACAACUGGCAGAAUUUGCUAGAAUGAAGCCAAGAAAAAUUAAAGAAGAUGAUGCUCCAAGAACAAUAGCUUGCCCUCAUAAAGGCUGCACAAAGAUGUUCAGGGAUAACUCUGCCAUGCGAAAGCACCUGCACACCCACGGCCCCCGAGUCCACGUCUGUGCAGAGUGUGGCAAAGCUUUUGUUGAGAGCUCAAAACUAAAACGACACCAACUGGUUCAUACUGGAGAGAAGCCCUUUCAGUGCACAUUCGAAGGCUGCGGGAAACGCUUUUCACUGGACUUCAAUUUGCGCACACACGUGCGAAUCCAUACCGGAGACAGGCCCUAUGUGUGCCCCUUCGACGGCUGUAAUAAGAAGUUUGCUCAGUCAACUAACCUGAAAUCUCACAUCUUAACACACGCUAAGGCCAAAAACAACCAGUGAGAAGAAGAUGGAGAAGACCCUUCUCGACCCCGGGGAGCAUCUUCCAGGAGUGUGAUUGGGAAUAAAUAGGCCUCUCCUUUGUAUAUUGUUUCUAGGAAAGAAUUUUAAAAAUGAAUCCUACACACCUAAGGGACAUGUUUUGAUAAAGUAGUAAAAAUUUAAAAAAAAAAACUUUAAUAAGAUGACAUUGCUAAGAUGCUCUAUCUUGCUCUGUAAUCUCGUUUCAAAAACACGGUGUUUUUGUAAAGUGUGGUCCCAACAGGAGGACAAUUCAUGAACUUCGCAUCAAAAGACAAUUCUUUAUACAACAGUGCUAAAAAUGGGACUUCUUUUCACAUUCUUAUAAAUAUGAAGCUCACCUGUUGCUUACAAUUUUUUUAAUUUUGUAUUUUCCAAGUGUGCAUAUUGUACACUUUUUGGGGAUAUGCUUAGUAAUGCUAUGUGUGAUUUUUCUGGAGGUUGAUAACUUUGCUUGCAGUAGAUUUUCUUUAAAAGAAUGGGCAGUUACAUGCAUACUUCAAAAGUAUUUUCCUGUAAAAAAAAGUUAUAUAGGUUUUGUUUGCUAUCUUAAUUUUGGUUGUAUUCUUUGAUGUUAACACAUUUUGUAUAAUUGUAUCGUAUAGCUGUAUUGAAUCAUGUAGUAUCAAAUAUUAGAUGUGAUUUAAUAGUGUUAAUCAAUUUAAACCCAUUUUAGUCACUUUUUUUUUUCCGAAAAAUACUGCCAGAUGCUGAUGUUCAGUGUAAUUUCUUUGCCUGUUCAGUUACAGAAAGUGGUGCUCAGUUGUAGAAUGUCUUGUACCUUUUACCACCUGACGUGUACACCCCGUGUAACAGAAAAGGGCAACAAUAAAACAGCAAUCCUACAGAAAGAAUAUGGCAGAAAAAGAUCUGUAAGCACAGUCUUAUUUCCUUUUGUUGUCCAGAAUAAUUAUAAUUCUCGAGCCUCCCAGAAAUUGGAAGCUAAAUAAAGCAACUCAAGUUUCCUUUAUUUUGCACUCAACUACAGUGACUUGUGAUUGCAGCGGUGCAUAGAUAUUUCAGGACUUCCUACGCGUGCUGAAUUCUGGGAGAGAGUAGGUGACAGGCAUCCCAAGUUAAGGAACUACCUCAGAGUACCCCAAACCAGGCCCGUUGGUGAUAGGAUUUUGAUGUUAGCUCCCCCCCCCCCCCCCCCCGCCCCCCCGCCCCCCCCAAAAGUGUGACUGGAGCAGUUGUGCCCCGGCCUGUGUGUGUGCUCUCAAGGUAAGCUGUCACCUGGACGGGGCGCGAGCAGAGGGGAGACCCGAGGGCACUUGCCUGCACAGGCUGCCUUCACGGCGGCUCCAGCGGGUCCUUGGCUGGCCUGAUGGGAAGCGCUUAGGGUUCUUCCUGGCUGUUGGUCGGAGAGCCUUGGUUCCUCCAUCUAGCGGAGUCUUUCAGGGCUGGCCCAUGUAGCAGCUGCGUGCCGGUGGCUUCAUUUUCCUGCUUCUCACCGGAUACCGAGCGCAGACCGGCAGGGUGAUUUGAUGAUGAAGAAUACUGUACUCAGUGAGUACUUUACCUCUCACAUUGUGACCUCCUAAGUGUAAGAUUAUAAUUUUUGCAUUUUACUUAGAGUCCGAUAUCACACUCAUGAGACUAUUUUAUAAACUGCCAUGAUACAGCAAAAAUCCCACUUAUUCAGAGCGCAGACAUGCCGUGUGUGCUUGCGUGCUUGACUCUGCGGGGCCGGUGACGAGCUAGCUACUGUCUGAGAUUUGUGUGCCACAUGUCCAGGACACCAUCGGGUCAGGAUGCAGCCCUGUGUCUCACAGCUUCUCCGUCGGUCCCAUACAGGAGGAUUGGUGGCCUAAUAACAGGGACCCUGUGGCUCUCCGGAAUUUUGAAGUGCCUUCUGAGUCCUAAAUGACAAAUUUAACUUGAGACACUUUUUCUUAUUUGUUCAGAAUCUGGUAUCCAUUGGGUAGUUUGAUGGAACUGAGUUAAUCAGAAGACCCCAGCUGUUCUCGGGAUAAGCCCGGCUUUGCUGUAUCUGGCAGGCAGGAGAGAGGUAAGCCGGCGGCGGAGGCCCAUCGAAGCUGCGUGCCCCAGCGCCAGCGUGUGCUUCUCUGACUAGACCUGGGGCGGAGGCCUCCCCCAACGCCCCUGGCGUGAGCACCCCUACCUCCCCUCCCCACCAGGUGAGCAGUCUCUGGGCGAUGGCCGCCUUAGGAGUCCGGGGCCGCGCCACCCGCGCCCAGCACUGCCACACGGGAGCCCAGGCCCGGCGCUGUCCCCGGGAUCCGUGCCCAGGGGCCCAUGGCCAGGCCAACUUGUGCCGUGGGGAGGUGUCGCCAGCAGGACUCGCAGAGCCACACCGUGAGCUACAGAGAAGCCAGGCUCCCGUGUGGAGCGAGGCCCCCCCACCCCCCCGUGCCUUGAUCCCUUGGGGGAUGCCUUGGUCAUCUCUUCCACCCCCCCCUCUGUCUCUGAGGGGAACAGCUGUCGCUCCCCAGGCCCCUUUGUCCAUGUGUCUCUCAUGGUCUGCAGAGUUCAUCUCUUGAUAGGAAUUGACGUGGGGACUUGAAGGUGGUGGAAUGUCCCAGGUUCCCGGUUGGCGGGGCACUCUCCAUUCCCAGGAGUGUAGGAAGCUCCUCAGGGAGCGGCAGUGAAAGACGAGCCGUUGUCCUCAUUGGCUGUAACCGAAACCCGUCGUGCUUGUGGCUAGAAUUUAUAAUUUUGCUGAAGAUGUAAUUUACUGCAGUUUGAAGUGGUGUUCUAACAGUGAGUCCCUUGUCUUGAGGAUUAACCUGAUUUAUAAGUAAUACUGACAGACAUAUUUUCUUACAUCCGAACUGAAAUAAAUGCAUGUUUCUAGCGUAUGUAAUAUAAAAGCUCCAGAGGAUAAGUUUACAUUUAACAAGAUGUUGUUUUCUAUUUUUGGAUUUCUUAUUAUUUUACCCCCUUUUUUGGUAGUGGGGGUUUAGGGGGAAGCAUAAUAUUUGUAUAAAGAACUGUCACCCCAGAGUGACAUUUAUUUUCCAAGGUGACAUUGAACUCACGCUCUUGGUUUCAUAUGGUGUUUGUGUGCUGUGCCUAGAUUCAAGGCCUGAGGAUUUGAGGAGAAUCAAGACUUUUUCCUCCGUUUGGUUUUCAUGUGCAGGUUCUUUUAAAUGUCACUUACUUUGCUGAAUUUGAGUCAAGCAAGGCCCUUUGACAGAGUGGUAUCUCGAUGCCUACCAGCGUUUCCAAGCGGUGUUCUAGAUGGUUUCUUCACAGAUAGAGGAGAGGGAGUCCCUUCCAUUCAGCAAGAACCCAGAAAGACUCGGCGGGCUGCCUGAGUGGUCGCGGCAGUGUGGUGGGCGGGGGGCCGGGGGGGGGGGGUCACUGCUGCCCCCGCCCUGCCCAGCAAAACCUAGCUAUCCUCACACACCUCGCAGUUUAUGUCCAUGGCGCCGGAACACCUGGUUCCCCCCCACAUUUUUGAGUUGGAAACCUGAUGAUUCUACCCGGCACUGCAGGCAGAGAGAAUUGAUGGCUUCUUGUCUGACUCCUCUGUGGCCUGGGAUCAGCAGGGCUCAGGAAAGCCGUGUUGUGAAUCUUGGAUUCCUUAUGUUCCUUCUAUUUUCUGGACAUCUGACCACCAGCAAGAGCAAGGAUCCCAAGAGGUCAGUAUAGUGGGAGAGCAGAAGCUGUUCACAGGCGUCCCCUUCAUGCCCUGGCCCCGCCCUGAGGCUUCCUCCUUAGCUGUUCUACUGGCCCAUGGAAGCCAGCGGCCUGCCUGUCCCUGGAUGGCCCCAGACCCCGGGUGCUUGCGUGACUUUGUAGCCCAUGUCCUGGCUCUCAUUGGCAUUAGUGGAAGUCCAGCAGGUGAUGGCAGGUGCGUGCCACCAGAACUCCAAGCUCUGCUUCCUUGCAGCUCCGGUCAUGCACGCCAUAGCCUGCACUUGGACUUUUACAGAAGGUCCUCGGCACCUUCAGAAUCCCUCUCGCCUGCGCAGACGCAGCUGAAUGUCUGGCUAGGUCUCCUGCACCCUAACUUACUGGUCUUGGCCAACUUGGUUACUGCUCACGUGGUGCUCAGGUUCCCUGGUUGCAUGAAGACGAUGUGAGUGCAGGCCCUUUAGAGCCGCGGCAUCGGGCUUCUAGAAGGAGGCCAGGCGCCCCACAAGUGGCGAAGUGGGAGUAUCCGUGGCUGGAAGGCUGCCUCCAUCCUCUCCAGGCCAGAGCGAUUAGCAGGGCGUUGGAGAGGAUGUCUAAGCUGGAACCGUGUGGAGACGUGGGAGGGGUGGGUGGUGUACUAUUGACACACUUUCUCCGGUCGCCUUAUCAGAACUGGAAGGGAAUGUUGAACGUGCACCUGGGCAUUAGUUUAGGUCAGCAGGCAAAUCGAGCUUACUGCAGGCCAGGCCCCCCGCUCCCCACGUUUCUGACCAGCGUUCUGGGAGUCUGCUGAGGGGGAGUGUGUGGUAGUAUCACGUUCAUCCAAGUCACAGUGAUUGAUUUUCCACAAAGUGGCAAGUUUGAUCAAACUGCUUUUCCUUCAAGACCCUCAGAUGCCAUAAGAGACAGCGUCGGGGUGUUGCAGGGGACGGGGGCGGUUGCUUUGCCGCUGUCUGGGGGCCGCACAACGUCUGCAUAUGGAGUGGAGGGGAAAGGGCAUCAGUACCAAACAGAAUAACCUUUUUUUUCUACAACAUCCAUAACUGUUACGAGGCUCUGUUACCUACAGAUGGUGAUUGGUCAAGCCAUUUUCACAGAACAAUUCUGUUUUUUUUUCCACUUCCUGGUAACUUCUGUAGGCCCUGACUCAAGGACUUAGCAUUGUGUCUCAUGUACAUCUUUUCUUAAAUGUUCUUUGCCAUUUCUGGAAUUGUCGUCCUUGGUUUUUUCCUUAGCUCAUAGGUCAUAGAUGCAGAAAUAUUAUAGUAUUUAAGGCAUCCGCAUCAAGCAUCAGAUGGCUUUGCAUCCAGAAAAACAUUUAACGAUAACUCCGUUUGAAGCACCACGCAUGUGUAACAUGGCUCUAUAAAGUAUAAUAAACGCAUAAUGUUGUUAAGCUUU